CGCACCACGAUUCUCCACCAGACGGUAAUACGAGCUGGUAGUCAACGGAUAUCGCCGCCCUUCCCCCCAGCUGAGACGAUUCAAGUCAGUCGAAAUUGUUCCGCGUUUGGUAGCUUAGCAUAACAAAACACACCCAAAACCGGAAGAUCCAAUCAACGGGAACGAAAGUGAGUGCGAGCCGGCGAGAGCAUCUGAACGAAAACGAUCAACAGGACAGUGAAUAGUGGUCAAGAGUGUGUGCCCUUCGAAAAUAAAAAAGCAAAAGUGUUAGAACUGACAGUUUCCCAGUGCAAAUUUAGUUAGUUGGUCGUCCAGGAGAUCUUGUUUGCGUGUGAUAUUGACGGUGCUAAUUGAAUCAGAAUCCAUUCGCAUCAAGUUCAGCUUCGAAGUGGUGGCAGCUUCGCACAUUUCGUUCUGCGUUUUCGUAACGGACGUCCAAGUGCGGAACCGAUUAUAGUGCAUUCAAUCUGUUGUUUUCGACCACCGACUGGAUUACGUGCCACGAUAUUUCAGAACCUACGUGAUAACGAUCAGCGCUAUCGUGUGCUUAGCGGAACUACUCGAAGCCUGCAAGUGCGCCGAGUGUAAUUCAACGUGGACGAUCAGUUUUGAAAGUGAGAUCGGGGAGUGAACGAGGAUCGCCAACCGAAGCCAACAUGUGGAAGUCCAUUGCCAGUGCGCUCGUGCUGCUGACGACGAUGAUCGCUGCUCAGUCUCCUCCAUCGUAUAUUCUGCAAUGUCGACGAUCAGAUCCGGAAUUGAAUGCAUGCCUGAAGAAUGCGCUUCAUCAUCUGAAACCAUACCUCGCUGAAGGAAUCCCUGAAAUUAAGAUGCCCUCGGUAGAGCCAUUCGUCAUGGAUUCACUAUCGCUGCAGUUGACGGGAGGACCACAAGGCUACAGGAUUAAUUUGAAAAACAUGCAGGUGUACGGUGCCAGCAAUUUCACCGUGAAGGCCCUCAAAUUGAGUGAAGACAACAAACCUUUCGAAGCCAGACUUACCAUCCCCAAGUUGCUGAUCCACGCCAAAUACACGUCCAGCGGAGUGCUCAUUAUCAUUCCGGCUAGCGGUUCCGGAGAUUUCGAUGCCGUCUUCGAGGGCGUUACCGCUGAUGUACGUGGUCGAGUGACAUUCAGUGAGAAGCCAUCAGGCACUCAUAUGCGCGUAGAAAGUCUGGAUCUGAACCUGGCCAUUAAGAAGCCACGACUGAGCGUGUCAAAGAUCUUCAACAAUAAUCGAAUUCUAACUGAAGCCACCAAUCUGUUCCUGAAGGAAAACGGCGGUGAGGUGUUGAAGGCACUGCAACCACAGCUGCAAAAGAAACUGUCAGCCGAAUUCACCGGCAUCUCGAACCAACUGCUGGACAACGUUCCUCUGAACUACUUUAUCGUCGACUAGAAAUCACUUCCACAGACGAUGAAGGAAGAUGUGAUAUGAUUUCAGUCAGCUACACCAACCAACUAUUACCUACAUUCUUCUUAGUAAUUGUGUAAUUGCAUAUUUCGGAACGAGAUACUGCACCUUCCUAAACGAACUUUGAACAAUCUUGCCCCCUUCAACCUUUGUCAAAUUUUGUUCGGAGCGAAGGUGACCAUGAACGGUACCUAUGUGAAAAUUUGUUGUUCUAUAAGCUAGAUAAUAUUUCCGAUUGUAGAAUUAGGAAUGAUUGAGUAGGCAAAUCAGCUGUGCUGGUUUAUGAGAAGGAAAAGUUGCAAAUUAUUGUUUCUCAUUGUACAAAUUAUUAAAUAAUAUAAGGUAUGGUCAAAUAAAAAAUGUUUGAUUUUCUACAGA